UGCCCUCAACUGCCAACGACACGAACACCGCUCCUACCGAAUACUCGACACUCGACCCGAUCAUGGCCGACGAAGAAAUGGCCGACGCGCCCCAGGCGCACUCCGAUACCGAAGAGUCAAAGCCAAAGAGCAGCACCAGCCGAUCGGGCCAAGACACCAAAACAGCAGAGAAUGCGGCCGCCGUGCGCAGUAUCGAGGGCUGGAUCAUCAUCGUGACCAAUGUGCACGAGGAAGCCUCGGAGGAAGAUAUUCAAGACAUGUUUGGAGAGUACGGAGACAUCAAGAACUUGCACAUGAAUCUGGACCGAAGGACAGGUUAUGUCAAGGGUUAUGUGCUCAUUGAGUACCCAACAUUGGACGAGGCGAAAGCCGCAAUUCAGGAUGCGGAUGGCAAGGAAUUGCUGGAGCAGAAGAUUGGUGUCGACUAUGCCUUUGUCCGGCCCCCACCUACGAAGGGCUCUGCGCCAAAGGGACAGAGGAAAGGUGGGCGAGAGCGAAGCGCGAGUCCUGGAGCUCGGCGCAGAAAGGACGAGGACGACGAGGAUUGAGCGAUUCCCUUGAAUUUUGAGUAAAACCCCAUUCAAGUCAAACCUUGACAGAAGUGAACGCGUAUCUUGGUGCUUCAGCUGGCGACCGCCGAAGCAAGAUACGUGCCGACUAUGUCGGCCGAGAUAGGCUGAGAAUGCCAAGAUCAUAUGAACGCAGCGCGAGUUUAGUGACGCACCCAUUAUUGCACCUCACGUACUGAGGGCUUCGCCUGGCGCGCACCUUGAUUGUUGCAUAGCGAGGAACAAGUCUUGAAUACUGCUGAACUGUCUAGACCAGGUGCUUUUUGGCAGUGGUCACGGACUCGUUUACUCAAGUGUCAGAUCUUGCGCGACUGGACAGCGCCUCUCACACAUCGACCUUAGACGAAGAGCAAGACUGUGCCAAUUUGAGACAUGAUUGUCUCGCUGCGCUAGACAUAUCGAUCAUGUCUUACAACGUUCAAACGCUCAUACAGGCAUAUAUCGGGUGUGCAGCCGACAUUGUGGAGCU